AUGUUUACCUGUCGCCUGCCUUGGUGGAGAUCUGGUGCUGCCUGCAAGCCGUGGCAGUCGGGUCGCUUUCUGCCCUGCGCCAGGGAGAAGUGCCAACCGCCGAGCUGUAGAGGAAUCAGCACAACCGCCAGGCAGGGACAACAGGUCGGCGCGCAGGAAAAACAAGUGUUAGAAGAUCUGGAAAUGCCCCUUGUAAGGAGAGAAACCGAGACCCUCUUCCAAGAGCAGCCCGAGGCUGGGAACCAGUAUUUGGAAGAUGCUUUGCUUCGGAGUUACUUGAAAACGCACCUUCCUCCUAAGGUCCUGGAGGAGGUGAAUCAGGACCUGGAGAGAUUUGGAAGCCGUCUGCUAACCAAGAUCAAACCUCUGGGCUGGGAAUGCGAGUUGAACCCCCCUGUGUUUCGGCAGUACGAUGCCUGGGGGCAGCGGGUGGAUCACAUCUCCACCUGCUCGGCCUGGAGGAGGAUGAAAGAGAUUGUGGCCGAAGAGGGACUGAUUGCUGAGGCCUAUGAGCGGAGAUACUCCAACUGGAGCCGUCUGCAUCAGGCUGUCAAACUCUACUUGUUUUCAAGCUUCUCUGGAGGUUUCAGCUGUCCACUGGCCAUGACUGAUGGGGCAGCCAAAGUCAUUGAGUCACUAGGUAUUCCUGGAUCUCUGAAAAACGCUUUUGACCAUCUGACAUCCCGUGACCCCAAGAAGUUCUGGACCUCUGGCCAGUGGAUGACCGAGCGCAGGGGAGGCUCUGAUGUUGCUAACGGCACCGAGACAGUGGCCAGAAAGCAGCCAGAUGGUACCUAUCAUCUCUAUGGUUUUAAAUGGUUUACCUCAGCUGCUGAUUCUGACGUGACAUUAACCCUGGCCAGGGUAGCAGAUGCUGAAGGACAAGUAAAGCAGGGUUCCAGCGGCCUGUCCCUGUUCUUCAUGAAGGUUCGAGAUGAGGAGGGGAAGCUGAACAGCAUCAAAGUGCAAAGGCUGAAAGACAAGUUGGGCACACGGCAGAUGGCAACAGCAGAGCUAUGGCUAGACGGAGCUAAAGCAGAGCUCAUCUCUGCAGAGGGUCGUGGAGUGGCCUCCAUCUCCAACAUGCUGAACAUAACUCGGAUCCACAACGUCAUUGGCGCAGUAGCUGCCAUGAGAAGGAUGCUCAGUCUGAGCAGGGAGUACGCCCGUAAGCGGGUUGCCUUUGGGAAGCUCCUCAAGGACCAUCCCCUACACAUGCAGACAAUAGCCCGGAUGGAGGUGCAGACACGAGGGGCGUUUCUUCUGGCUAUGGAGAUUGUUCGUCUGCUUGGACUUGUAGAAACCAACAUGGCGAGUGAGCAAGAGCAGCUUCUCUUGAGACUGCUGAUACCAGUUGCCAAACUGUACACUGGGAAGCAGGCUUCUGCUGUUGUUGUUGAGGCAAUGGAGAGUUUUGGAGGACAAGGUUACAUGGAGGACACAGGCUUGCCAGUCAUAGUCCGCGAUACGCUGGUGCUGUCCAUAUGGGAGGGAACAACAAACAUCCUGUCACUUGAUGUCCUGCGAUCCCUCACCAAGAGCCAAGGACGGGUGAUGGCUGUGUUCUUCUCCACAGUGCAGAAAAAACUGGAGCUGGCUUCGAGCGCUGCGAAACUGGAACCUGCCGUGAAGCAAAUGCAGGACGCCAUCGGCAGCCUCACGCGGUCCAUGCAAGCAGCUGGUUCGAAGGGGGCAGCGACCAUGGAGCUCGCAGCAAGGGACUUCUCCUACGCCCUAGCAAGGAUCUACGCAGGAGCUCUUUUAAUUGAACACGCAGCCCGGCCCGAUGCUUCCUCCACAGACGUCUCCGCCGCUCGAAGGCUCGCGUGUUCCAAAACAUUUGAUGUUCCUGAAGUAAUCAAUCAAGACUUCAGAUGUCAUUUUAAUACAAAUGUCACCAAAAAAAUGUACAAUCAAAUGCAUCACCUGUUGCCACCGCAAGGAAAGUUCCCGCGGCUGGGGCUGGCUCCUCCUCAGCUCGUCCAUCUGCGAGGGCGCGAGCCGCUCCGGCGUCAGACGAAACCAGCGGGGCUCAGGCAGCGCAGACCUCGCCUGCACCGCUCACCCCUCGCGCCUCAGAAACAGCCCGAGUUGCUGCUCUUGCUUUUUAACCGAGAGAGGUUGUCAACCCGCGAGCUGGUUCCCAGCAACACCAGUGAUGGGAUGGAGCUGGGGGAGGCUCUAAAGACCACACAAGAAUUCAUCUGGGCCCAGCCCCUGAGCGAGUGUCAGGGCACCGGCCUUCCCUCAGCACCGAGCAUCCCCUGCCAGCACAGCCCAGUCAAACACCACCCUCUGCCUGGACAGCCUUCUCAGCUCCUCACACCGAGAGGCUCGGGAUCUACUGGAGGGACAGAUCCAGAAUAA